AUGUCCGCUAUGGUACCCUUGCGGAUGCGAAAGGCACUUGCUGGCAAGAAGAUUGGUAUACUUAAGAUGUACAUUGGCGGCGUUGAUUUUGAUCCUACAGCAAAGCCACACACGCCAAACCUAGUUGCAAGCCGUGCAGAUAGCCUGGUCGAAAAGUUGAUUGUACCUCCCCACCACGAAGUCGACAUGUGCAAGGUAAUGGAAUACGCUUGGGACGAUUUGUUGGCCUCAAAUGGAGACCAUAACGUUGCCACUAGCCUCGCGCAAGUCGAUUCAGGAACGAUCUUCCCACGCCCACCAGGAGCCAUCAAAGACAAGUAUGCGGACGACGAUCCUAUUGUGCGCCACAUCGAUGUAGAAGCACAUGUAACCAAUGGGCUUGUUAUUACGCAUGAGACACCUAUUCUUGGUGACGCACUCAAGAACCUUAAGCCAAAGCGGAAGUCGGACUACGAAGACUGGCCUGCCGAAGUAGGCCUCGAUGCGGUUGUGUGGCCCUGCAACGGCGACGUGGGCAAAGUCGACGCGGACGUUAACAAGCUAUCUGCCGCAGAUACCUGGCGGAACGGAGUUCUGUACUCUAAUGGUGACUGUGCCAUACGGCAGCUGGAAAUCCCGACAGUUAGUGCUCCGAUGGGCGUCAUGGCCGAUAUGGGCAUGCCUUUCAAUCUCACUUUCGCUUCGAAAGCUUACGGUAUGAUUACAACAACCUCUUCCGCCGCUGCAUUUGUUGUUAAAGACAAGGAAGGCAGGCGCGUCAAUCUUUCUGGUACGUGCGGACAAGAUUUGGUUUCAUUGGGCGUCUAUGUAGACGGCGAUGAAGCUGAGAAUGUCAAAUUUGGGGGUGGUCAAUGGGUGGAUAGCGCCGUUACGGAGAGUGUUUGA